UUGUACAUGGAAAAUGACAGUUUUGCCUCAAUCCUCAACUCUGUGAAUCGCACGUGUGAUGGCAUUUAAUAAAAUAACGUUGAAUAUCGUUCGAAAAAAUGUUCAAGUUUUCUUUUAAUCAACCUGAUGAAACCACUGAAACGAAUGAUUCUGCAAAAAAACCAGAAAUACAUUCGGCCGGAUAUGAAUGUGAAGAAGUGCUACUCAGCGAUGAGCUGAACGACGGUAUCAGCAUCAACCCCGACAACCUGCAUGUAUUUCCAGCCAGCGAAGAUAUCCUUGUGGAAUACCUGAAUUGUUUAUCCAUACCGAAGGAGGAGCUCGGUCUGGACAUUCUGUCGGCAGAUAUGGACCAUUCCGAUCUGGUUCCCGGUCGCUAUGAGGGUGGACUAAAAGUGUGGGAGUGCACAUUCGAUCUUGGCGAACUGAUGGUAGGAAAUGAAAAGUACACUAAGCUGUUCAAGGGCGCGACAGUGCUCGACUUGGGAUGCGGCGCGGGAAUACUUGGGAUAGUGGCCGUGAAGUUGGGGGCGUCCAAGGUGGUCUUUCAGGAUUAUAAUAGGGAAGUAUUGGAGAAAGUCACAGUAAAAAACUAUUCUUGCAACUGUCGUGGCAGUGCUGGGGAAGCGGAGGAAAGAAUGUCUGAUGAUGCGGAAGUGGAAUUCUUCUCCGGCGAUUGGUCUAGUUUUGUUGAUCACGUUGAACAUCAGUACGAUGUGAUAGUGACUUCCGAGACCAUCUACAGCUCGGAUAAUUAUGCGAAGCUAAUCAAUUUGUUCAAGAAGAAACUGAAACCCACUGGUGUCAUAUUACUAGCAGCCAAAACCUACUACUUUGGUGUGGGUGGAAACAUGAGAUUGUUUGAGAAUGCACUGCAGACGGACGGCCAUUUUUCAUCCUCCAAGAUUUGGGAAUGUAAAAGUGGUGUCAAACGAGAAAUAUUGGAAAUAACAAUAAAAUCAAAUGCGUAACAUAUAAUAAUUUUCGCUAUUUCAACAUUCGUACACAACACAUUUAUAACUAA